UUCUUUGAAUGUUAGUGAACACUAGUAAGGACAUUUAGCAUCAAGCACAAAAAUCUUAUUCUGUAUCCUAUUCAAAUUAGUAUGGAUUUAGUGUAAUGAAGAAAUCACUGACAUUGUUAUUAGAAUUGCUAUCUAAUCAAAUGUGCUCAUCAGUGUUUUCUAUCCUUUGAAUGCCAAUAAAAGUUUUGUUCUAAUGCAUUUCAAAUCUCACCUAAUGGCCUUUUUUUGGCAGAUGUUAACUAUUACUUUAGAUGAAAGUGACUGCUUCACAGCUUGGGUCUCAGCCAAAGAUGCUGGGUUUAGCAGUGCAGAUGGAUCUGACCCAAAAUUGAACCUUGGGGGGCUUCUGCUGCAAGCUCUGUUAGAAUACUGGCCUAGGACACACAUCAAUCCCAUGGAUGAAGAAGAAAAUGAGAUGAAUCAUGUGAAUGGUGAACAGGAGAACAGACUACAAAAAGGAAAUGGGUACUUCCAAGUGCCACCACACACACCAGUUAUUUUUGGGGAGGCUGGAGGACGCACUUUGUUUAGGUUGCUGUGUCGGGAUUCUGGUGGUGAAACUGAAUCCAUGCUCCUUAAUGAAACUGUGCCACAAUGGGUAAUUGACAUCACUGUGGAUAAAAAUAUGCCAAAAUUUAACAAAAUUCCUUUCUACCUCCAACCUCAUUCUUCUUCAGGAGCAAAAACAUUAAAGAAAGAUCGCCUCUCAGCCAGUGAUAUGUUGCAAGUUA